AUGGAUUACUCAAAGGGCAUGAAGUCAUCGACGCUGGUGGAAGACUGCUGUUCCUCAGACCAAGAAGCACCCAGACUAUGCCAUGGCCCAAUGGCUUUGACCCCCUCCCUGGCCCAGCUCAACCUCAACCUGGGCAUCGUCUCCAACAUCAACCGCGUCAAGCAGCUGGCCGAGGCCCUGAAGACAAACCGCUCCGUCCAGUCCCUCUUCCUCCAUGGGAGUCCCCUGACAGAUGCAGGCUUGGCCCUCCUCAACCCUGCUCUCUCCAUCCACCCCUCGCUGGUGGCUCUGGAUCUAGGAGACUGCAUGCUGGGUGAUGAAGGCAUCAACCUUAUCUGUGGGCUCCUGCCGCCUGACGGGGCCAAGUCCGGCCUCAAAGAGCUAACGCUGAGCGCCAACCCAGGCGUCACAAGCAAAGGCUGGGGACGCCUGGCCAUUGCAGUGGCUCACAGCUCACAGCUCCGCGUGCUGAACCUGGACUACAACCCCCUAGGUGACCAGGUAGCAGGGAUGCUUGCCGUCGCUGUGGCCUCCAGUCGAACCCUCGAAGUUCUGGACUUGGAGGGAACAGGACUUACCAACCAGUCAGCCCAGACCUUGCUGGACAUGGUAGAGAAUUACCCCACAGCCCUACGGACACUCAUCCUGGCGGAGAACAACAUUAGUCCUGAGCUGCAGCAGCAGAUCUCUGACCUGCUCUCAGAGGGUGAGGAAGAGGAGGAGACAGAGGCUCGCGAAGUCACAGCCAGGGAGAAGAACCCCUGGAUCUGCCAGAACAAUUCCAGCUCCCAGAUGGUCCUGAUGACGUCAGGUCUCGGUGACAGCCUCUUAGCAGAAACAGAAAUGUAGCUGGGCUACCCUGCCUGCUUCUGCUGGGAAGAGCACUGUGCCUGGGGGAGUGUGUGUCCGCCAGCGCCCCUGCCUCCGGUGGGCUGCCCCAGCCGUCUUCUCACACAUUUCACGUCCUAUUGAUGCCUCAGCUCUCUUGAGUGCCAGAGCCUGGUCUGAGCGAAACUCUACACACGUCUCUGUGUUGUCACGCGCCCCGUCGGCCACUUGUGAUUGUCCAGUUGCUGCAUGUGUAGCUCACGCUGCCCUGCCUCCCCCCCGCCGUGCUCGGCUGUCCCCGCAGGGCGCAGGCUGUAUUUAUUCAGAUGUGUAUAAGAGAUGUUCUUUCUAUUGCUUGUACUGCUGUCGCGAUGAGAGUUUUAUAAAGGUCACAGACGUGGCACCA